CCUCAUCAGUGUUGCGGAAAUUCAUGUAUGACUAGCUGCUAAAAUGCCUCUCCACUUGCUAGGCAAGAAGUCAUGGAACGUCUACAACCAGGCCAACAUCGACCGCGUGCGGCGGGACGAGGCCGAGGCCGCCGCGCGGGAAGAGGCAGAGGAGCAGCGCCAGCAGGAGAACGAUGCCGCGCGCCGGCUCGCCAUCUUGCGCGGGGAAGAGCCUCCGCCGUUGCUGCUGCCGGCGGCUUCGGAAGGCCUGGCAGACAGUUCCUCCUCCUCCAGGAGGCGGCCUCCUUCUCAUGGUGGUGAUCAGCAGCAUGACGGCGAUGGCUCCCGUGUGAAGUACGAGAGGCCGAACCCUGGAGAUGAUCGCGGCGGCCGGCGGAAACGCAAGCGCUGGGGGGGAGAUGACACCGACUUUGAGAUGCGCAUUGCUCGAGACCGGGUAGGCGCUCGCCGUGGCGAUGAUGAUGCCGAUAAAGGUGGUGACGGGAAUGAAGAGACCAGGUCACGGCAUGGCCCCCAUGAACAUCGUCCCAGGAAUGACGCGCCCAUCGUGGACCAUUCAGGACACAUCGACCUGUUUCCCGAGGAGCGGGACCGUGCAAUGAAAGAGAACGACAAGCGGCUUCGCGACAGCAGCAACAACAAGCACAAGAAUCCGGACGCAGAGCGCGAAAAGGCCAACAAGCAGCGCGAGGUUGAGGAUCAGUACACAAUGAGAUUCUCCAAUGCCGCUGGGCGGGACGCUGCUGGCCAGCUCACCGGCGGCAAAGGCCCGUGGUACGCCGGGCAUGGAUCGCUGCUGGAAGAAGCCACGAGCUCCGAGACUCCGCGGAGAGAUGCAUUUGGGAGGGAAGACCCCGGCAGAAAGGCCCGUGACGAGAUGCGCAUCGACGCGAGCGAUCCCUUGGCAAUGAUGAAGCGCGGAGCCGCCAAGGUACGGGAAGUGGAGAAGGAGAGACAGAAAGCUAACGAGGAGAGGGAACUUGAGCUAAGGGCGCUGCGCAAGGAAGAGAGAAGGAGGAGGGAAAAACGAAGUCGGAGGCACCGUGGUGGCAGCGCAGACUCGCUCGACGGGUUCUCGUUGGACAAGCCUGACCACUCGCGCGACAAAGCUCACCAUUCGCGGACUCAUCGUGAAAGCGACAGGACAAGAAGUCGAGACAGACAUCACCGAGACGAGCGUCGUCACCACAGGCAUUCAGAUAGCCACAAGCACGACCACAGGCAUUGAGUAAGGAGAGCUCAAUCUUCCGAAAUAAACAUCGUCAGCGCCUGCUCGGACAGUGACAGGAGCAGAAUGACUCAGUAUCACUGAAGGAUUACAUCUUCUAUUUAUGAUACCCUAAUCAAGAUGACGCUGUUAUGGAACGGCAUUUGGUCUUUGCGGGCAGGAAUAUCGGAGCCUCCUCGAUGUCGCCUCAGUCAUGUUGCAAUAUCGCCCGUUGCAUA